CCAUUUGUUGCUGCGUGCGGCUGUGGGUGGAUAUGUUGACGCAGACAGACGCCUAGUGUAGCCGGAUUGCGACUUUUUCCUGAAAAAAACAUUGAUUUAAAACUUGUUAUACUUUUACAAACCAUGCUAGGAUGGAGCAGAGACGCACUGUUUCGGAUCGGUUCUGUUUUUAAGCGCAGGGAUCGUGUCUAUUGGGUUUGAGCUGCGUGUUUUUGUGUUCACAGUUUCCCACAACACGUUUCGUGUUGUGAUUUAUCCACGUAUUUUCUCACGACCGCGUGGCUGCACUGGGUGUUUUUAACUUUAUUUAUUUAUUUUAUCUCAGGCGUCUACUUGGUGGAGAUUUCAAAUUUUUGACAAAUCCAUGGAGCAUGGUUAAGGUACACCGGACUAAAUAGUCACAGGAGGCGUGUUUUGACUUACAAACACCACCACAUAUUUGUGACUGUGUGGGUGGCUCUUACUCUUUAUCGCCUGUUUGCUUGGGAUUUUUUUUUUUACUGGCAACAUGGGAAUUAACACCAUCCACUGGUUUCGAAAAGGACUGCGUUUGCACGAUAACCCUGCCUUGAGGGACUCCAUCCGGGGAGCGGACACUCUUCGCUGCAUCUACAUCCUGGAUCCUUGGUUCGCGGGCUCUUCAAAUGUUGGCAUCAACAGGUGGAGGUUUUUGUUGCAGUGUUUGGAAGACUUGGACGCGAGUCUCCGCAAACUGAACUCCCGUCUGUUUGUCAUCAGAGGUCAACCCACAGAUGUCUUCCCUCGUCUGUUUAAGGAAUGGAAAAUCUCACGCCUGUCCUAUGAAUAUGACUCUGAGCCUUUUGGGAAAGAGCGUGAUGCAGCCAUCCGAAAACUAGCCUGCGAGGCUGGCGUUGAGGUGAUGGUGAGGAUUUCACACACGCUGUACGACCUGGAAAAGAUCAUUGAAAUCAAUGGUGGCCAUCCUCCACUCACCUACAAGCGCUUCCUGACUCUGAUCACGUGUAUGGACUCUGUGGCUCAGCCAGCAGAGACGAUCACGGCAGCAGUCCUUAGAAAAUGCAACACACCCGUCAGUGAUGACCACGAUGACAAGUUUGGGGUUCCCUCUCUGGAAGAGCUUGGGUUUGAGACAGAGGGUCUUGCCACAGCAGUCUGGCCUGGAGGGGAAACAGAAGCUCUUUUAAGACUGGAGAGACAUCUGGAGAGAAGGGCAUGGGUUGCAAACUUCGAGCGUCCUCGUAUGAGUGCAAACUCCCUCCUGGCUAACGCCACCUGCGUCACCCCCUACCUUCGCUUUGGCUGCCUUUCCUGUCGGCUCUUCUAUUUCAAACUCACAGACCUCUACAAUAAGGUCAUGAAGAAUAGCACGCCGCCACUGUCCUCGUAUGGCCAACUCUUGUGGAGAGAGUUCUUCUACACAACAGCAACAAACAAUCCCUGCUAUGACAAAAUGGAAGGAAACCCAGUUUGUGUCCAGAUUCCAUGGGACAAGAACCCAGAGGCUCUGGCGAAGUGGGCAGAGGGUCGGACAGGUUUCCCCUGGAUAGAUGCCAUCAUGACUCAGUUGAGGCAGGAGGGAUGGAUCCAUCCUUUGGCUCGCCAUGCUGUGGCCUGCUUCCUCACCAGGGGAGACCUUUGGAUCAGCUGGGAGGAAGGAAUGAGGGUGUUUGAGGAGCUGCUGUUGGAUGCAGACUGGAGUGUAAAUGCUGGCAGCUGGAUGUGGCUCUCUUGCAGCUCCUUUUUCCAGCAGUUUUUCCAUUGCUACUGCCCUGUAGGGUUUGGACGGCGUACAGACCCAAAUGGCGACUACAUACGGCGGUAUUUGCCGAUUCUGAGGGGCUUUCCAGCCAAAUACAUCUAUGAUCCUUGGGCUGCACCGGAGGAAGUUCAGAAGGCAUCCAAAUGUGUGAUCGGAGUCCAUUACCCGAAGCCCAUGGUGAACCACGCUGAGACCAGUCGCAUCAACAUUGAACGCAUGAAGCAGAUUUAUCAGCAGAUCUCUUGCUACCGUGGCCUAGGGCUGCUGGCAACAGUUUCAGAAAGCGCCAACAGUGGAGCGAAUGCCAGUAACGUCCAAGGACUCAAUACUGGAGCAGAUCAGAGUCAGUCCUGUGAAGAUGCUUCAACUGUGGGGGACAAAUCUCGACCAGAGCGAGGUCAGUCGUCACAGAAGCGCCGUCAUGAAGAGACUCCAAGUGAGAGCAGCUCCAAAAUGCACAGACAGACCAAGUGAUCUCAAGAGGUCACGUUCUUCUCCUGGAGGACAUUAAGCUGACUGACAAUAACUGGAAUUAAAACCAAAUGAAGACACAUUCAGGGGCAUUGAGUUCAGCUGUCAUGGCCUCACCCAUGCUCUCUUUAUAAUAUUUUGUAGAAAGCAUGUAAAACUUUUUGUUGUCAAAUAAGAUCCAGCACUUGGAAACUAACUUUCCACUUUUAAAGUGAAAUUAAACUUAUUGCUUCACAUAGUGUUUGUUUCAUAGUGUUUAAAUACUGUGGUUCAUGGUAAGCUACGGUACUUGACUCUGGGCAGUUUCUGUGUAACCGAGCACGAACAGAGCUGCUACUUUUGGAACACGUUUUGAUGUUGUAAAAUGUACUACAAUUGAUUGUAUAUGAAGUAAUUUAAUAUGUGUGACUACAAUGCAAGAUGCUUUGUUAGAUGUUUUUUUUGCUUCAAAUUGGCUGCGAAUUGUCUCUUAAAUAUGUGUCUCUAUUGUAAAGUGGAGCGUCAGAAUGAAACUAUUGUGGACUGCAACUAAACCAGGACCUAAGCUAUGAAGAGAAGAGCCAACUACACUGAUCUCCUGUUGGAUUGAAGCUUCCAUGUUGGUACAGAGAGCAAUUUGAGAUUCACUUCAAGGGGACAAUUAAAAUCAAACAAGAGACAGUAGCUGCCAGACAUAUUUCGCAAACUGAGCUAUGCACCCCACAAAAGAAAACUACUACGUAUAUAUA